AUUAUUUUCGUUAGUUUAAACACAAAAUGAACCAAAACGAAAACUUUCGCUUAAGGGGCAAGGGGCCUUGUCCGGCUGAAACUACCGAGACUCAGCGUAGUUUUGGGCCACCAGCCCGAAACAAAAAGCUGACUACACGUGCUAAUCGUAUGGAGCAAUUUUUGUGGCAAGAAUUUUUUGACGAAUACAAUCGACAGAAUUCAGUUAAGGUUGAUCUGGGUCCCGAUCACACUGAGUACUUUGAGAAUUACUGCAAGGAUAAGCCGCCGGAGGAUGAGGAGCGUAUGGAAGCGCGGGCUAACAAGUAUCCGCUCUAUUGCACCACAGCCAUAACUGUAUGGAAUCAUGAGGGAGACACUACGAAGGACUUCAAAGUCAAAUAUUCUAUGAGCAGACCCUUGGCGGAAUGCUCUGAGAAAUUUGGACCUUAAUAGAAGUUAAUUGUUCAUUAUUUAAUUUAAGUCACUCAAUGUUAAUAUUAAAUUACCGAAUCAAAACAUAUUAAAUUUGAAAC